AUGUGUCCACCUUAUUCCACACCCCUCCUACGCCCUUCUCCCAGCUCGCUCCCCUCGCAGGCUCCCGUUCAGUCUUCCGCCAUCGCCGCUCUCGCCACAGGUACCAAAUGCACGUACCCACCACACGAUUUUCAAGACCACCGAGAUUCCGUUGCUCCGCAGGUCGCACCUCGAGGAUCCGUCUCUCAGCACCUCGAUCCCCAUCCAUCUUCCAUCGAGCCACAGUCCCCUUCCUUCUCUCCCGGUGCGGCUCCGUCGCUCAUGGAGGCCGCGGGAGUGAACGCGUCGUUUGAAUCUUUCCCCAUCGCGGCCGACACGCACAUGUUUGCCGACGGGGAUUACGGCCUUGGUUUGCUAGACGACGCGUUUCACGGGCUCGAGACGUUUACGGACCUGUGCGACCUGCCGGGGCCAGCAGCCGGCGAAGUGAGCGAUGUAACAGACGGAGCGCCAUCUGCUCAAAAGCUUCACAGUGAACCUGAAGGUGAUGCUAACGGUGGGCUUCUUCGCGUCGCGGGCUACUGCGAGCCGCCUUGCGAGCCUCACGGUGUAACGAAUUCGUCGCAGCACGCUGGUUACCCCCCGCACGGUCUACCAGAAGCGACGCCGGCGAUGCUGCCGGCAACGCAUUACUCGGCGAUGCCGAUAUUGCCGCCCAACGCGUCGUCGACGCUGCCGGCCCAACAGCACGACGGCUGGAUGGCGCUGCUCGCGGCGGACCUUGGGCUUGCCGACGAGCAGCCGCUCGGAAACGGGUGCGCGAAUGGCGGCGCGGAGAGUAUGGAUGGCGAAGGAGUUGCGGUUUCCGCGGUUCAAUGCGGAGGAGCGCAGGGCGGAGCGGAAGGCGGAGUCGUGGGUAUACAAGGUGGCGUGAUCGCGGGAGAUGAGAAAGCGUACACGGAAAGCGCGAAGUUGGGUUCGUUGGCGCAAGGCGGGGUUGGCGGGAUUUUCCCCGUGUGCGGGGGUCAGGCGGAGGCGGGUGUUGGGGAGGGGGGGGGAGCAGGAUGGGGAGGAGUUGCGAAUGAAGGGACAUUGGGUGGUGGAGGGGUAGAUAUGUUGCAGCUGCAGCAUCAGCGGGAUGAAGAGCAGCAGCAGCAGAGCCAUGAGUCGGCGUCCGUGGGUUGGCGGGGAGGCAGCCUGAACGGCAGUUGUCUCAACGGCAGCAGCAGCCCCCAUGCGUGCCACUCUGGGAGCGAAGGCGAGGCGAUGAUGCAAGCGACGGUGGCGGGAGCGGAGGACGAGGAAGGCGCGGAUCAGCUGCAGCACGGACAGGAGAAACCGCAAGAGCAGUACCCGUACCAUAGCCAGGGAGAUCAGCAGCAGCAGCCGCAGACGCAGCAGCAGCAGCCACAACAACAACAGCCGCAAUGGCAGAUUCAGCAACCUUUGCUGCAGUUCUCUCGCGCGCACGCUGCCUCACCCUCUCCUCCUGCGGGCGAGCCCGCCUUCCCCCGAUGGACCUCUGCGCCCACGGUCCCCGCGCACAGCAGCGGCGCGCGCAAGGAACAUCACAGCUCCGCGUGCCCAUGCGGGCGCUGUGCGCCUGGUGCGCGCGGGGGAAAAUGCCCCGCGAGGGCUCAUUCCGCGCUGAUUUCUGGCGCAGGGGCGGGCGGCAGAGCGGGGACUGGGUCGGGAGCGGGAGCGGGAGUGGGGGCAGAGGUAGCUGGAUCAAGGGUCAAAGCACCUGCAGGUUAUUUCUCACCAAAAGUCGGUGCAGUUAGUGUGGGCCGGACUAGCCCUCCCAAGAAGCGGCAGCAGGUUCUUGUAGUGACUUCCGCCGCUGCUAAUCCUAUCCGUCGACCUAGAGAUUUGUCUCAGCGAUUGGCGGCUGUGAUUGACCGGAUUGCUGCUGCGGACUCGCUUGUCGACGGUGCCUUUAGUGCUGGUGGUGACGGUGAUAUUCCUCGCGCUGCUGCUGCUGCUGCUGCUGCUGCUGGUGCUGGUGGGGUUGGGGUUGUCAUGGGCGGUCCAACGUCGGCGCUGUCUCUCUGGGACCGCGUGCGACGCGAGGGUUUGAGUCGAAUCAGCAGCUCUGGGACGGUUUCCGCUGCACCUGCUGCUACCGCGUCUGCUGCGCUUUGCGUGGAUGACGGGCGGAGCUCUGGCGCGCUGCAGCGCGCAGCAGCAGGGGGGUUCCGUUUGGGGUCUGUGGGCGGGGAGCGGGACGGGAAGAUGGUGACUGGGAGAUGCGCAGGGGCAGGGACAGGGGCAGCAGGCGCUCACCACACGAGGAAGGGGGCAGCUAGGGGUGUGAUUAGUGGGGCUGGCAGGAUUGUUGGCAUGGGAGGAACGUGGAACGCGGGUUGUGUGGAUGGUGGUGCUGGCGAGUUGGAGCCGGUCGCGCUGACAGAGACGGGCAAGCGAGCCCUGUCUUUGGGUGGAUAUUGGCGCGGGUCUGGGCGAUUGGGUGGGGAGGAGGAGGAGGAGGAGGAGGAGGAGGAAGAGGAGGGAGAGGAAGAGGAGGAGGAGGAGGAGGAAGAGGCAGACGCGGUUGCUGAUGCAUACAGUAGCGGGCACGCUGGGGCUGUUGUGAAGAGGAACAACGGGAAGGACGUUUUUGGCAUGCUUUUCAACCGCGGCGGCGGCUGCCGCGGCGGCGACAGCGACUGCGACAGCAACGGCAACCGAAGGAGCCACAACAACAACAGCAGCAGCAGCGGCAGCGACAGCCUGGUAUCUGGGAUCAGCGGGAAGGCGGCAGUGGGGGCUGGCAUUUCAUCCCGCGCCCUCGCCCUGCCUGCACGGAGGCACUUCAGCAACGUGACCCACGCCGCACAUGCUGUUACCACCACCAGUGGUACCAUCACCACCCCCAACACCGGUAAUGACUCACCCCCUGCGGUCCCCGACGAAACAGCUGCUCCGGGGUCAUCCGCACUCGCGCUGCUCCCCUCUGCGGCCCACCGCGGCCUGUCCAAAAACGACCUCUUCCUGCGCCUGGCUGCCGGCGCCCGCACCUCCAGCCCUUCUCACGCCAACUCCCCCACUGCCCUCACCUUCCCCUCCGCCCUCACCUCCCCCUCCGCCCUCACCUCCCCCUCCGCCUCUGCCGCCUCCCCCUCCGCCUCCGCCUCCGCCUCGCCUCCCCGCAUGCAUCCCUCCCUCCCUGCUGCCAUCUCUGCCACCAUCUCGGCCUCCUCCCCCCCGCGCUUCUCCCUCGCUACCUCGAUGCCCAUGGCCAUACCCGCAGGAGCCAUUCAAAGGGCGAUAUAUCCGGAGCCCAUCUACAUAGGGUGUCCGUUGGAGUCGCGGGCGGGUGAGGCGGUGGUGAGGGAGGCGGCGGGGGUGUGGCAGCACGAGCCGAGCCUGGCGCCGGUGUCGUCCACUGCGCGGCUGCGCACUGUGGACCAGCUCACUGCACUUGCAGAGGCAUACGCUACUGAUGACUUGGCCAAGAUUCGGUUUCUGAAUCGCAAGCUGACAAAGAAAGCCGACCCGAUGGGCGACCCAUUGCAGCGCACAGUGCAUUACUUCCUGGAGGCGCUCUCUGCAAGGCAGGAGGGCCGAGGACUGGAGAUUUUCAGGCGACCCCUCGACAUCCCCAUGGAGGAGCUCUCUCAAGCCGUGCUGCUGCUGUGUCGAACAGUCCCCUUUGUGCACACGUGCCGGACCGUAAUCCACGAGGCGAUCCUCCACGCCCUCGCCACCGAACCCAUCUGCACCCACCUGCACAUCGUCGCCUUCGGCAUGUUCCCAGGAGACAACUGGAUGGGCCUGCUCCACUCGCUCCUCGACCUCCCCAACGGCCCGCCCCCCCGCAUCACCCUCACAGCCAUCGACGGUCCUACGAGCCCCGGGAAGAUCGCCAUGAAAGCAGCGCUGGCGGAUUUCUGGCUCAAGUUUCAGGCGACGGCUUCUGCGCUGGGGCUGAAUUUCGAGUUCCGGCGGCCGGGCGUGAGGAUGGAGACGCUGCGGCCGGGGAUGGUGCAGCGCGGAGGGGAGCCCGGGGAGUUGGUGGUGGUGACGUGUGCCAUGCACAUGCAGUUCCUGCCUGACGUGUCUGUGGUGCGGUCGAAUCAGCGCGACUCAGUGCUCCGAGCUGUGCACGCCCUGCGCCCAGCAGCCUUUGCUGUAGUUGACAUUGACGCUAAUUUCAACGGGCCCUUCUUCCUCUCGCGCUUCCGCGAAGCAGCUAUGUACUUCACCAACCUUCUCUCCUGCGUUGACGCCUCGGGGCUGCCGCGCUCCUCGCCCCGCCGCGCCCUCUUCGAGUCCUCCUACCUCGCCCGCGACAUUGUCAAUGUUAUUGCGUGCGAGGGCCUCGACCGUAUGGUCCGGCCCGAACGUGUGGAGCAGUGGCAGGCCCGGUUGGAAAGGCUCGGAUUUUUUCCCCGAGCCGUGUCGCCGAACCUUGUGGACAAGAUUUUGGAUCUGGCGCCGUUUCGGGUGGGGGGCAAGAGAAGAGGAAUGGGUGGUGCUGGUGGUUUCGGUGGGAACGGAGGCGAGGUGGGGUAUGAUGUGAAGGAGAAAGGGCACACGGUGCAGAUCACGUGGAAUGGGGAAAGGAUUAUAUGGGCUGGCCUCUGGUGUGCUGCUCCACAGAUGAAUGGGGCGAGCUGCCGCCCUAUGGUCUUCCUCACACCAUACUCCCUCCUCAAGCUAGCCGUUGCGGCGGUAAUCGCGGUCACCGCGGGGCGCGCCGUGUUUGGCGCCGUGGUCGGCGCGGUCCUGCACCCAGAGGUGCUGCUGCGCGCGAGCUGGCUGCUCGUGGUGUGGCCGUGGCCUGCGGCGGCGCUGCUAGCGGCGUGGACGGUGACGACGGCGGCGGCGGGAGGCGGGAAGAAGCAGCCGCUGUGGAAGCAGGUGGGCGUGCUGCUCGGCGCGCUUACGUGGCUCAUCCUGGUGCCCUGCGGAGCGUUUCAGGGCUAUCUGGACGGGUGGCGGGUGAGUCUAUGCGUGCUGUACGCGGUGUUCUUCAGCGCAUCAGCCAUCGUGCGCCUGCAGCUGUACGGGGACCUCGCACCCCCCAGCAAGGACCAGCAGCAGGCCACCGCCACCAGCCGCACAGCCCAGGUUCUCUUCGUGCUGUCAGUGGUGGGCGGCCAUUGGUACGCAGCCUUUGAGUCCGCAUCCCGCGCUGCCCUCCUCGCCGUCUCCACCGCCGCCACAGCAGCCACAGCCUCUGCCGGCGCAUCAGCAGCAUCAGCAUCCGUGGUCGCCGCUCCGUUUGCAGCGGCGCUGGACCCGUGGGCGUCGCGCGUGGCACCGGUGCUGCUGGUGCUCGCGCUCUGGCUGCACUGGGACGCGGCCUUCUUCCUGGGAAAGUACUUUGACCGCCUCGUCGUGCCCAAGGCCGUGGUCAUGGUGGGCCCGUACCGCUCGCUGCGCCACCCGCUCUACGCCUCCUACCUGCUGCUCUUCUGCGCCUUCUGCCUCUCCCUGCACAGUAGUGUCAUGGCUGCCGUUUCCCCAGUUGCCAUAUCCCCCUUUCUUGGUCGCCUGUGGACCCUGGCUACAAGGCGUUGCCCUUCCUCUUCAUUCCCUCGCUGCUCUACCACCUUCCGUCCCCGUCCACUGUCAUUUCACCACAAUCGACCGUCCCUUCUCCUCCCCUCCCCUCUCUCUCCCUCCCCCUCACCCCUCCCUCGCCCUCGCAGCUACAAGGCAAUGCUCUUCCUCUUCACAGCAUCGCUCCUCUACUACCGGGCGCGCAUCACCCUAGAGGAGAGCAUGCUGCUCAAGGCCUUCCCGGAGUACAAGCAGUACAGCCAGCGCGUGCCCUACAGGAUGCUGCCCUACGUGUACUGA